UAAAACUUGAGACAGGGUUUCACUAAAUUGCCCAGGCUGGUCUGCUGCCUCUGUCUCCAGGGUAGCUGGGACUCCAGGCCUUAGCACCACGCCCAGCUAAAGAAAUUCUUUGUCACUGACACUUGCAGGGAGGGGAGAACUGGGAUUUGUAAGGGAAGAGUGGCACUGGCACAGUUUUCUAUGCUGGUCUUGCAGGUCUUUUACAUUAACUCUCACAACCCUAGUCGCAGUGUUUGAGCGCCAUCCCAUUUUACAGUUGGGAAUCACGGAGGCCAGCUCUAUUACACUUCAGUUAGGAAGACAUGCACCGACACGAAUGCAACAUGAAAGCUGAUAAACGUACAGUGGCUAAGGGUGACGCUGUGCAGCAAGAACUUCGCCUGCAGGACUGAGGACACACUUUAGGUGCCCGCUUUUCCUAACCAACUUCCCGGCGGUGCGGCCGCACACGCCGAGGUGAACCUUGAGGUGCAGCCCACUGAGGACGCGCUAGCGACGGGAGAGGGCCGGACUCCGGGCGGCGAAGCCGCGGCUGCGUGCUCCGCCGAGGAAGCGGCUGGGGGAAGGGGCUGCCUCGCGGCUGCGUCCUGCUGCCCGCGCCCUGCCCCCAGCCUCUGCUGGCGCUAAAGCCCGGAGAGCGGAGCGCGCACGUUGCGAGUCCUCGCGGGCCGGGCCGCGGUGCUGGGCAUGCUCAGUGGGCCGGACCCGUAAGAGUGGCGAGCGGCACAGGCUCCAAGAUGUCCAACCGAGUGGUCUGCCGGGAAGCCAGUCACGCCGGGAGCUGGUACACAGCCUCAGGCCCGCAGCUGAAUGCACAGCUAGAAGGUUGGCUUUCACAAGUACAAUCUACAAAAAGACCUGCUAGAGCCAUUAUUGCACCCCAUGCAGGGUAUACAUAUUGUGGGUCUUGUGCUGCCCAUGCUUACAAACAGGUGGAUCCAUCUAUUACCCGAAGAAUUUUCAUCCUCGGGCCUUCGCAUCAUGUGCCCCUCUCGCGGUGUGCACUGUCUAGUGUGGAUAUAUACAGGACACCUCUCUAUGACCUGCGCAUUGACCAAAAGAAAACAGAUGAAGAUGAACACAGUAUUGAAAUGCAUUUGCCUUACACAGCUAAAGCCAUGGAAAGCCAUAAGGAUGAGUUUACCAUUAUUCCUGUACUGGUUGGAGCUCUGAGUGAGUCAAAAGAACAGGAAUUCGGAAAACUCUUCAGUAAAUAUCUAGCGGAUCCUAGUAAUCUCUUUGUGGUUUCUUCUGAUUUCUGCCAUUGGGGUCAAAGGUUCCGUUACAGUUACUAUGAUGAAUCCCAGGGGGAGAUUUAUAGAUCCAUUGAACAUCUAGAUAAAAUGGGUAUGAGUAUUAUAGAACAAUUAGAUCCUGUGUCCUUUAGCAAUUACUUGAAGAAAUACCAUAAUACUAUAUGUGGAAGACAUCCCAUUGGGGUGUUAUUAAAUGCUAUCACAGAGCUCCAGAAGAAUGGAAUGAAUAUGAGCUUUUCCUUUUUGAAUUAUGCCCAGUCAAGCCAGUGUAGAAACUGGCAAGACAGCUCAGUGAGUUAUGCAGCUGGAGCACUCACGGUCCACUGAAGCUCUGAAUCCUCAGGGAUGCCACCUGCACAUACUCAUACUCUGUCCAGGGUCCCAGCCUAGCCCUUACCAAGAUACUGGUUCUGGUUUGGGGGGAUUCUGAAACCUCAAACUAAUAGAACUUUCUUCUCUCCUUUUCUAGUAGGUGUAGUCCUCCUUAAUUUCAACUCAUUAAAAAAUGCUUUAUAGUUUUGGGUGGUGGAAGGAAGGUUGGGAUCAAAAAUAUUUUGAUUAAAAAAACACAGUGUAAAGGCCCACUUGUGGCAGGCAGUUUUUUGAAAGUAACUUGUAAAGCAUUUACCGUAUCCUAAAUUUGCACUCUUUGCAGACUUGUGCACAUAUACUCCGCUUUCAGAAUAGUUUUGCAAAUUGUACACAAACAAAAAAAGGGUGGAAGCUUUUUAAUAAAGAAACUGCAUUUAUAAAUGAUCUGUAUUAGAAUAUAAUAAAUCUCAAAUUAUAGACAAUUACUACCCGUGUUGUACAACAGAUACCUUCUAUUUUAGUUGCUAAUAAAGGGCUACACAACUCAAAAUAGUCUGAUUUAAACUUAUUGCUCUGUGGUAUAUAUGAAAAUUGUUUUUUAUUAAUUCCAUCUCAGACUUUUUGUUAAAAAUGACAAGCCUCAGCUCUUAUGUAAAAAUAUAUUAGGAUGUAUUUUAUAGUUACAUAUUUAUCUGAAUUUUUUAAUUAUAGAAAUUACAAUAAUUUUAAUUUUAACUUUUACAAUUCAUUUACCUUUUCUGUGUGACAUCCCUUCAUGUCAUUACUAUCUUUUGAUAGAAUAUAAAUUCAAGAUUAGUAAAAGAACAUAGAUACUUGCAUCAAAGAUGUUUGAUAGUCUGCAAGUGAGGAAAUGUUGAAGAGUAUUCUCAGCGUUUUUCAAGUCAUUGCAGACCAUAUUCUGCUAUGCUUUUUUGGUGCUUUAAGCAAUUUGACUUCUCUACUUGAAUUUUUAGGAAGAAAUCAUUAGUGAAAACAACAACAACAACAACAACAACAACAACAAAUAUUGCUGGUUUUCUUCCAGUCCUACAGUUUUUCUCUCAUGUUAUUUGGUGCGGCUCUUCCAACUAAAAUAAUGGUAUAGUGUUGUAUUAUUUCCUUCUCUAACAUCACCCAAUUCUGGUCACUUUGGCAAAAAAACAAAAAACAAAAAAAUCAAUCAGUUAAUUAUUUAGCCACUAUGCAUGUUCUCUGUUAUACCAAUUUUAACAUAGUACUGGGAUGAAUAUCUAUACUGUGUUGGGAAAUAUUUAUAUCUUCAGUAUUAAGCCAGAGUAGCACAGUUUGUAGAUGCCUUGCACCAAUUUUAUUUAAAGAUUUGCAUUUUUAAUUAAAUGUUAUAUCAACUUUCUAUAUUCAAGAAGGUAGUUAAAUAGUAUUUCCAUUUGGAUUUACAGUUACGUGUACACAUGUGUGUGUGUGUGUGUGUGUGUAUGUGUGUGUGUGUGUGUGGUGCAAAUUAUGCUCUUGGACAUUAAUGGUUUAUUUCUCGUUAUUUCGAUGUACUUUUGGGUAAUAUAAAUAUUCCUUACUAGCACAGAUUAAAAAUUUCUGAAUUAGCUAGACUGAAUUUUUAAAAUAGUCUUUUCUGUUUAUAAAAAGUUUUUACAUGACUAUUAUGGAAUAUUCGGAAAAUACUGAAAAGUAUAAAGAACAAAAAUGUUGCUGCGAAGAAAUAACAUUGUUAGCAUUUUUUAUUAUUUUUGUCUUUAUGUAAUAAUACAUGUAUGUAUGUAUGUAUGUAUGUGGAUAUGUGUGUGUAAUAGCAAUAUUAUACCAUAUAGUUGUAUACAACCAUAUAGUUGUUUUUUUGUAGCCUAAUAUCUUAAAUCCCUAUCAAUGACAUUGAAAAUGUGACUUUUUAAAAUGGAUGGCUAAUAUUCAGUGGUACUGUGUGACAAUACUGUAAUUUAACCACUUGUCCUUUUGGACAUUUCUAACCUUGCACAAUUUUAUAACAGGAUGAGUAUCCUUAUAUUUUAAAUUUGGACUCUAUGUUAUCUUAGACUUCUCUAAGAUGUGUUUAUGGCAAUGGAGUAAGUGGUUUACGUGGUGAGAAUUUCUUAGACUCUUCCCAAAUUACCCUUCAGAAUGAUUUUUCUCAAUGAGGAAUGUUAAAUAUCUAUCAUACUGCCUCUUUACCAAAUCCUAUUUUUAAUCUUUGAUAAUUUGUUGAACAAUCCAUUGGUAGGCUUUUUUUGGCCUUUUAAAAUAAGAACUGCUAGGGGCCGGGGAGAUGGCUCAGUAGCGCAAGGGCCUGAGUU